GGAAGGUCAUUAGAGCUUCAUGCAGACAGCUUGCAACAGGAGCAGAUGAAGAGAAGAACACCCAGAGCAGCUGAUGUUACAUCGGGAAUCAGCAUGACACAGGACAACUGCCACCAGGGCUGAGACUUAUCCUCAACAUCUCCACCAAGACAGUGACAACAAUGCGACAGUGGCAAAGCAGGCAGCCAGCUGCGGUUACUAGGUGGAUACAUCCCAGCUCUUGCCAGGAGUAACAUUUCCAGUGUAUCCUCUCUGAUGAUGAGAUCCUUGGUUCGUAUAGUGUUUCUAAUUCCAAUCCUAAGUGUCACCCUUCUGCUCAUAUACUACAACAGUGUUUUAAAAUGGAAAGGUAUCCAUAGGUAUAACAUCACAGAGGAGAGAUUUGUUUUGGCAGAAGCCUGCGAUGCCUUCACACAGGGGAAGGAGAGAUCAUUUGUGUUUGAAGACACCCUGGCCAUUUCAUUUGAAAGGGAUAACUGUCGAGAAUAUAUAAGGCAAAAUCAUUAUAUCACAUCCCCCCUCUCCGAAGAAGAAGCUGAUUUCCCACUGGCUUAUAUUAUGGUUGUGCAUAAAGACUUUCACAUGUUUGAGAGAAUGUUUAGGGCUGUCUAUAUGCCCCAGAACAUCUAUUGUAUCCACGUUGAUGAAAAGGCAAAGUCCAAUUUCUUGCAUUCUGUAGAGAGAAUGGCAGAAUGCUUUCCUAAUGUUUUCUUGGCCUCCAGGACAGAGCCUGUGGUCUAUGCUGGAAUAUCAAGGCUAUUAGCAGAUAUAAACUGCAUUAAAGACCUGGUGAAAUCAGAAGUACAAUGGAAGUAUGUUAUCAAUACAUGUGGACAGGAUUUCCCAUUAAAGACAAACAAAGAAAUCAUACAGCAUCUUAAGAGAUUCAAUGGAAAAAAUGUUACCCCUGGGGUGCUCCCCCCCAAUCAUGCUAUAGCAAGGACGAAAUAUGUUCAUCGGGAGGAUUUAGUUCAUUCAUUAGUUUUGAGGACCACUUUGGUAAAGCCCCCUCCUCCUCAUAACAUAACUAUCUACUUUGGUACUGCAUAUGUUGCACUGACAAGACAAUUUGCUAAGUUUAUUCUUGAAGAUCAGAGAGCCAUUGACCUGCUGACAUGGUCCAAAGACACUUACAGCCCAGAUGAACAUUACUGGGUGACACUAAAUAGAAUAGCAGGUAUGUACAUUGUGACUUACAUUUGCAUUUCAUUACUUAGAAAUAAAAUGUUCUGACAUAACAUGUAUACUACACAUACAAAGUGAAAUAAUGAGGAAAUUCUCCAGUAUGAAC